GUGCCGGAGCGUCGCCCCGGGAUGUCGGGAACGUUUCCAUGUCACUUUGCGCUGGCGUCACCCUCGGCACGAGGCCUCCGGAGCCGGAAAACCCGAUAUUCCCGAUUCCCCGCUGAAAAACAGCCGGGAAGGGGGUGAUCCGGGGGAUUUCCUCCCCGGAUCCUGCUCUUCUCCGGGAUCCCUGCGGAUCCGGGCUCUUUUUGGGCUCCUAGAGCAGCAAAUCCCCCCUUGCCGUGUCCUGAUCCGUGAGGUUGGCGCGCGGCGGCUUUCGAGGGCUAUUCGGGAACGUCGCCGGAGCCUUCCCGGGAUCGAGGGCGCCGGGAGCUGCCCCGUUCCUGUAAGACGGAGCUCGACGUGUCGGAACCAGCCCCGGGAUUUCCUUGGAAACAACCGCCCUGCGCUGGAGCGCUCGGGAGCCGCGAGCCCCUUUUCCGCUUGUUUUCCAGCCCAAAAUGUGACGGUGGAGGAGAUCGUGGCCGCCUACAAACAGGCCUGCCAGAAGCUCAACUGCAAGCAGAGCCCCAAGCUCCUCAAGCAGAUCCAGGAAUUCAAGGAUUUGGCUCCCAGGAUAGACUGCCUGGAUCUGAAAGGGGAGAAGCUGGAUUACCGGGCGUGCGAGGCGCUGGAGGAGAUCUUCAAGCGGGUCCAGUUCAAGAUCGUGGACCUGGAGCAAACCAGCCUGGAUGAGGACGGCGCGUCGGCGCUGUUCGACAUGAUCGAGUACUACGAGUCGGCCACGCACCUCAACAUCUCCUUCAACAAGCACAUCGGCACGCGCGGCUGGCAGGCGGCCGCGCACAUGAUGAGGAAGGUGAGGAACGCGAGGAAGGGCCGCGGGUGGGAGCAACAGGCAGACAGGAGAGCGGGACGCGCGAUCCCGCGGGACGGCGCCGUGACCCGGCGCGUUCCCGCAGCCGCGGCGCUCAAGAUGAACGUGACCCUGCGCGAGCUCUACCUGGCUGACAACAAGCUCAACGGGCUGCAGGACUCGGCGCAGCUGGGGAACCUGCUCAAGUUCAACGGCUACAUCCAGAUCCUGGACCUGCGCAACAACCACAUCCUGGACUCCGGCCUGGCCUACAUCUGCGAGGGGCUCAAGGAGCAGCGCCGGGGGCUGGUGACGCUGGUGCUGUGGAACAACCAGCUGACGCACGCGGGGAUGGCCUACCUGGGCAUGACGCUGCCGCACGCACAGAGCCUGGAGACCCUCAACCUGGGCCACAACCCCGUGGGCAACGAGGGCGUCCGCAACCUCAAGAACGGCCUCAUCGGGAACCGCUCCGUGCUGCGCCUGGGCCUGGCCGCCACCAAGCUCACGUGCGAAGGCGCCGUGGCCGUGGCCGAGUUCAUCGCCGAGAGCCCCCGGCUGCUGCGGCUGGGCCUGCGCGGGCACGAUCUCAUGGCGCUGUCGCUGGCGCUCAAGGUCAACCACUCGCUGCUGCGCCUGGACCUGGACCGCGAGCCCAAGAAGGAGGCCGUGAAGAGCUUCAUCGAGACGCAGAGGGCUCUCCUGGCCGAGAUCCAGAACGGCUGCAAACGGAAUUUCGUCCUGGCGCGGGAGCGGGAGGAGCAGGAGCAGAAGCUGCAGCAGUCGGCGUCGAUGCCGGAGAUCGCGGACACGGAGCCGCCGCCGGAAAACAGCCCGGACGGCAGCGCGGCCUCCACCCCCGACGAGGGGGAAGAGGCCGAGGAGGGCCUGAAAUCCGAGGAAAACCCGAGAUCCGAGGAAAACGGGGACGCGGAGCGGGCGGCUGGCGCCGGCGGUUCCGAUUCGGAUACGGACGAGGAGGAGGAGGAGGACGCGGGGGUGGAGGGGAAGGACUUGGGACCAGCAGCCGCCGAGGCCGGCGCGGAGCGGCCGCCGCCGGAAUCCGAACGGCCUCCGGAUCCCGAGGGAACGAUCCAGAGGGACCUGGAGGAAUUGCUCCUGGAAGCCAGCCAGGACACGGGGCAGGAGCCGCUGUGA